AUGGCUUUUCCUUGUGCAUAUACCUUUAACAAAAUCCAAAGACUUUGGAUGCUGCUUCCUCUUCUCAUCAUCUUCACCAUCAUCACUCUCUAUCAUGUUGCUGAAGCUGAAAAUGAGAAAACGUUCAUCAAUUUUGGAGGAAUCGUUAAUCUGAACACUCGUAUAGGUAAAGAACAGAAAAUUGCUAUGGUUAUUGCAACGGAAAAGUUCAACAGCCUCUCAAACACUCAUAGCCUGAUCCCUCAUUUUCGACACUCUGACAGAGAUCCCUUGGUUGCUGCACUUGCUGCUAAAGAGUUGAUAAAGGACAAGAAGGUAAAUCUGAUAGUUGGAAUGGAGACUUGGCAGGAAGCAGCUCUAGUAGCUGAUGUGGGGAACCGAGCUCAAGUUCCGGUGAUUUCAUUUGCAGCACCUACUAUAACCCCACCUCUAAUACACCAUGACUGGCCAUUUCUGAUACGAGUGGCAAGCGAUCGCGCUGUUCAAAUGAAAUGCAUUGCAGAUAUAGUGUCUUUGUACAGUUGGAAAAGAGUUAUAGUUAUAUACCAGGAUGAUGGUUAUGGUGGUGAUUCUGGGAUGCUAGCUCUUUUAUCCGAGGCUCUUCAAGAUGUUGGCUCAAAGAUCGAGCAUCAUUUGGUUCUCCCAAGGGUUUCUUCUCUGUCUAAUCCUAGUUGGGGUGAACUAGAAGAGAUGUUGAAGCUUCCCACCUUUCAAUCUCGGGUGUUCAUUGUUCUUCAGUCAUCUUUCUCAGCAGCCACCAAUCUGUUCAGGGUGGCAAAAAAGAUGGGCCUUGUAGAAAGAGACUCAGCUUGGAUAAUCACAGAGAGUAUUACAAGUUUGCUCGAGUCUCAAGUCAAUCAUGAUAUGGAAGGUACUUUGGGAAUCAAGACCUACUAUGACUCUAACAGUAGUUCCUAUGCCAAGUUUGAGAAGGAAUUCCAAACAAGAUUUCCAGAAGAAGAUAACUCCAAGCCAGGAAUUUAUGCUCUUCGAUCAUACGAUAUUAUGGAAAUCAUAGCACAGGCCAUAAGGAAGACUACUAACAAUACUACUGACCUUCAGGUGUUGUUAAAUACAGUGAACAAACAUAUGGGAUUAAGUGGCGAAAUGCACUUGAAAAGAGGUGAAGUGUUGAACACUCCAACUUUCAGGAUCAUAAAUAUUGUGAAAGGGAACAAAUACAAAGAACUGAACUUUAGGGGACCAGGGUUUGGAUUCUCAAAGAGCCUUACAAAAGAAAAAAGCGAAAACAGAACUCAUGAUGUUGGUACAGUAGUUUGGCCCGGCAAUCUGAUUGAACGAGCCCCCAAAGGCUGGGCAAUGCCUACUGUACGAAAGCCAUUGAGAAUUGUGGUUCCAGGUAGAACCUCCUUCAGCGCAUUUGUAAAGGUUGAUUCAAGGAAGAACACUCUCCCGUAUGACGGUUUCUGCAUUCAGAUUUUCUACAAGGUGCUAGGUCUCUUGGACUAUCCUCUGCUAUAUGAGUUCCAUGCCGUUAAUGGCUCAUACGAUGAUCUGGUAGAACUAGUCCAUAACAAGGCAUGUCAGCAUGUGCUCUAA